CAUAUCUUAUUUCUUGAUCUUCGUCCUUUUCCCUCACCUUCCACUCACCUUCCAAAAUCCCCAUAUAAAAUCCCCAUUUCUUCCUUCCAACCAAUACCCAUUAACCCCAAUGGCCCUUCCAAUUUCCCCACGAAGCCUUCGCUCCGAUGUGUACUCCUACUCCUACGAGGAGCGCUCGGGUACCCCUUUGGUCAUCGGCGUUGUUGCGUCCUUGAUCGAGAGGAGCAUGGCCAGGAACCAUCGGAUUGCCAAGAAUUGCAUGUCCAUGCCUAGAGAUUCCAGGUCCAGGGCCCUUGUUUUUGAGUGCCGUGAGGCUCCCGACAUGUCCAUUCAGUGUUAUUUGGAGAGGAUUUUUCGGAACUAUCGAAAUUCGUACUAUGCAAGAGUCGGGGGAUUGACAACAAAGGAGAUGAAUCAACUGGAGCUGGAUUUUUUGUUCAUGAUGGGAUUCAAAUGCCAUGUAAAUCUAAGUGUGUUUGAGAGUUAUUGUUGCCAUUUGGAGAGAGAAGUAAGCAUUGGAGGAGGAUACCAUAUAGAGAGGACAUUAAGAUGUGCUGAAGAGUUGAAGUCUAAACAAAGCCAACAAGCCUCAUUUAAUCAAAUGGCUCGUAUUACAUUGUAAAGAUCAAAGAUGCUGCCUUUUUUGUAUAGUUUAUAUGAUAAUAUAUAUUAAAAUGUGUUUGGUUCUUUUGAAUCAUUGUUUCAUUUGCCGACACUUGCUUAAUAUAUACUCAUGUAAUAUAAAGGACCUUAUUGAAUUAUUA